AUUAUAAUCCAAAUAUUUGGGAGGUGGAGGCAGAAGUCCGUGGUCAUUCUAAAGUGUAAGUCUUCUGACCGAAUAAUCCUCACUGUGACCCUUUAUCUGCUAAUCCCUACCCUUCCCCCUAACCCUGAUCAGCCCCUCACACCCGUCCGCAGUAUUUAGGCACUGGGUAGAGUAUCAGCCUGGAAACACGACAAGAACUGAGGAAAUGCUUCACAGAGCCAUGUGAAGUGGUCUGACUCAGCUCACUCCCAUGAAGACGGCAGAGCUUAGCUGGACAAAACCCCUGAGUCUAAGGUGUCCAGUCCCUUACUGAGAGGAAAAGGAGCCUCUAGAAUUCAAGGAAUGUAGCUGAGCUGGGGGGGGGGGGGGGCAGGUACAGUUCUCAUUCACAGGCCUCAGCCCCAUAUACCUUUAGAGCAUAAUGUUUUGCACUUUCAGAUCCUGGCAUCUCUAAACCUUCCCAACCCCCAGGACUCUGAGUUACACAAUUUGAAUAAUUUAGGACCCAGCACCCUCAGGUGUCAGUUUCAGUUGUUCUGUUCCCAUGGGCACCAGUAUGCCAACCCUGCAAUUAAGCUAAAAGAAGUCAGUGGAAGAGGGGUGCUCUCCAGUGCCUCAAACCCUGAUACGAGUUCCUGGCCCUAUUCUGCUGAGAGCAGCAGGCUUGCUCAGAGCCCAGGUACAGGGAAUGGAUUGAAGGGGGGUUUGAGGUGCUGUAAGAGGAGAAGAAAGGGGGAGAGAGGAAAGAAAACAGAAACCAAGACCAUUACAGAGGAAGAAAGCAAAUUGAGACAGAGAGGUAAAAGACGGCACUAGUCAUAUGGAAAGGGACGGAAGAUGGAGCCAGAGAGGCUGUGAAGAGCAAAGGAGAAACUGCAGGUACUGUCCACCUCAUCCGUGCCAGCAGGGCCUGUUGCUUUACAUCUCCUCAAGACCUGCCCACCCUCUGGCUGUGGUAGCGACAUGGGGACCAGGAGCCACCACCUGGGUCCUGGGUUUCUGCUCCUGCUCUUUCUCCCUGCAGAGUGCCUGGGAGCUGAGGGUAGACUGGCUCACAAGCUGUUUCGUGACCUGUUUGCCAACUAUACAAGUGCCUUGAGACCAGUGGCAGACACAGACCAGACUCUAAAUGUGACCCUGGAGGUGACGUUGUCUCAGAUCAUUGAUAUGGAUGAACGGAACCAAGUGCUGACCUUGUACCUGUGGAUCCGGCAGGAGUGGACAGACGCCUACCUACAUUGGGACCCCAAAGCCUACGGUGACUUGGAUGCAAUUCGAAUUCCCAGCAGUCUAGUGUGGCGACCAGACAUCGUACUUUACAACAAGGCGGACACGCAGCCACCUGCCUCGGCCAGCACCAACGUGGUUGUGCGGCACGACGGCGCUGUGCGCUGGGACGCACCGGCCAUCACACGCAGCUCGUGCCGUGUGGAUGUCUCUGCCUUCCCAUUUGACGCUCAGCGCUGUGGCCUGACCUUCGGCUCAUGGACGCACGGCGGGCACCAGCUGGAUGUGCGACCUCGGGGCACUUCCGCCAGUCUGGCCGACUUCGUGGAGAACGUUGAAUGGCGUGUGCUGGGCAUGCCAGCGCGCAGGCGCGUGCUCACCUACGGCUGCUGCUCCGAGCCCUACCCAGACGUGACCUUCACUCUGCUGCUGCGCCGCCGUGCAGCUGCCUAUGUGUGCAACCUACUGCUGCCCUGUGUGUUCAUCUCCCUGCUGGCACCUCUGGCCUUCCACCUGCCCGCUGACUCCGGGGAGAAGGUGUCUCUGGGCGUCACCGUGCUCCUGGCGCUCACCGUCUUCCAGCUGAUCCUGGCCGAGAGCAUGCCACCUGCAGAGAGCGUUCCACUCAUCGGAAAGUACUAUAUGGCCACUAUGACCAUGGUCACAUUCUCCACAGCGCUUACCAUCCUCAUUAUGAAUCUGCAUUACUGUGGCCCUAAUGCACAUCCAGUACCUGCCUGGGCUCGGGUCCUCCUGCUGGGACACCUAGCCAAAGGCCUGUGUGUGCGGGAACGAGGGGAGCCCUGUGGACAGUCCAAGCCAUUAGAGUCAGCCCCCAGCCUCCAGCCUCCUGCAGGUCCCCCAGCGGGCCCUUGUCAUGAGCCACGGUGUCUAUGCCACCAAGAAGCCCUUCUGCAUCACGUAGCUUCCAUUGCCGGCACCUUCCGCAGCCACCGGGCUGCCCAGCGCCGCCAUGAAGAUUGGAAGCGCCUGGCCAGAGUAAUGGACCGCUUUUUCCUAGGCAUCUUCUUCUGCAUGGCUCUGGUCAUGAGCCUCCUGGUACUGGUGCAAGCCCUGUAAGGGCCAGGAACUGGAUUUCAGGGAGCUGUGAUCACCUCAACACCACCAGGUGGGGAUGGCAAAGCCCAGGUGGUUGUUGGUACUCAGAAACACUAGCCAGUUUCUCCCCAAAGUGCUGCUAAGAGUCAGAGACACCUCUUCAGGACCAGCACUUCUGACCUCAAACCCACAAACAGCCUUUGUGAUCUGCAUGCCCUAAUGGAAGGGGAUCUAAAGCUUGCCUCUCCCCUAAUUCCAACAUGAGUGAGGUCAAAGUACAGACUUGGAGGCUAAGACUCAGUGCCAGCUGAGCAAGGUGAUAUAAUUCCAGCACAAGGAGGCUGAGACAGGAAGAUUACCCUAAGGUCUGUAGCCUGAGCUACAGAAAUUUUUGUCUAAAAAUAAAUAACCACCCCAGUGUCUACACUUGGAAUCAUAGCUAUUAGCCGGUGGAAUCCAGGUUAUUUUCCUUUGUCGAGUUAGAGUCUCGCUAUGUAGUCCUUGCUGGCCUGGAACUUGCUAUGUAGCCCAGGUUGGCUUUGAACUCACACAGAUCCACAUGCCUCUGCCUCUCCAAACACAGGUGCCACUAUGCCUGGCUUGGGUGUAGGUUACUAAUUAAAGGGACAAAGCUACACAUUUGCUUGUCACCCUUAGCAGUUGCUAUUACAGAUUCUCAUCUUGCUUCUCACUGCUAGGCUCUCCCGGGAGGGAACUCACUGUCUAGUUUCCAAAACAGAAGGCUGUGCAGACAUUUGACUCGGAGCUUCGAUCCAUAAUAAAUGAGUGCUCCCAGUG